CGACGCCGACGAUGUCAUAUUAAGCCCGCCAGACUCGGAAUAUGGAUGCAUCGCGACAUACGUUCCCUGACGAUUCCAGGCUAUGACAAGCAAGCAGCAGAAGACACUCUUCUGUUCGAAUAUCCAGGGGACUUACUCCGUCGAACUCAUCGAUGUACCCGAGCUCGGUCCCGGGGAGGUCCUCGUUGAGCUGCAGGCCGUCGGGCUGAACCCGAUAGACUGGUUCAUGCGUGAGCGGGGGUUGUUCGUCCCCAAGUGGCCUGCAAUCUUUGGGCUUGAUGGUGCGGGUGUCGUCAUAAAGGUCGGCGAGGGCGUUGCGAAUAUCGAGGUCGGAGAUCGAGUAAUGCACGCUGGUACCAUGGUGGAGCCGAAGAUCUCGACGUUCUUGCAGUAUGCUGCUAUCAAGGCAGACUUUGUUGCAAAGGUUCCUGAUAACAUUUCCUUGGACGAGGCCUCAACGAUCCCACUCGUGCUAGCAACCGCAGCUUUAGGCUUGUACGAUAGCAAGCGCUCGCCCCAUGGCGGCCUCGGUUUGACUCCGCCUUGGGAGAAGGGUGGACGAGGCAAGUACGCCGAUGAGCCUAUCGUCAUCAAUGCAGGCUCCACCUCUGUGGGGCAAUUUUUGAUCCAGUUCGCCAAGAUUUCCGGGUUCUCGCCCAUCAUCACGACGGCGUCGAGGCAUAACGAAGAGUAUCUCAAAUCGCUUGGCGCGACGCACAUCAUCGACCGCACUAUCCCACUAUCCUCUUUACCUUCCGCGGUGCACGCGAUCACGGAGAAGCCGAUCGUGUAUGGCGCAGACGCAAUCUCGACGGCUGAGACGCAAAACGCAAUGUGCGAUGUUGUCGCACCCGGCGGAGACCUACUCAUCGUCACGCAUAAACGUAUUGCGAAAGAGAAGCUUGAGGGUGGAGAGAAACACAUCGCUUGGGUGUUUGCUGACGUACAGUACCCAUCGGCACGGCCGUGUGGACUGGCUUUGUAUGCAAACAUGACGGGGCUGCUCGAGAGGGGCGAGAUUAAGGUGGGGCACAUCAUACGUCAAGCUCUAUCUACACAGCCUAACAGGAUUAAGAUCGUCUCUAGUGGACUGGCAGGGAUACCUGGUGCUUUGGAUACGCUUAAGAGUGGCGUCAGCGCGUUGAAGCUCGUCGUUCGUCCCCAAGAGACUCCAUAGUAACUUGUCCAAUAUGGAGUUUGAUCGCGAUUAUAGUGGUCCAUUAAAC